CAUCAAUACUACUAAUAUCUAUCUCAAUGGGUAUUAACUAUCACAAUAUCACUACUACAAAUUAAAUCACGAUUGUGAAAAUUCAAUAAACUACUACUACUGCGGUAUAUCUAUCAUAAAGAAGAGCAAGAGCCUAAAAAAAAAGAGGCUGGAACGUGGGAGGGGUUAACGGAGUCAAAUUGUAAUCAUCCCUAAAAAUUUGCAUCUCCGCAUGUCAAUCCCUCUAAAAUCCACUUUUUUAACCACACGAAUUAGCAUCAGAUCUAAUUCUAAAAUAGGAGCGUGAGCGUCUUAGAUGCUAGUUAAUAUGAUGUUUCCUCUCUAUAAAGUUAGAAUUGCUAUAGAGUAUAGACAUUCUUCCUGAAAUUGAAAAUAAAGCUUUGGUGAAUUCAAAUUAAACUACUUAAAACACGAGAAAAAAAUAAUUAAAUUUUGUGAUGAUGAGCUCCAAAAAGAGAGUCAAUAGCUGAGCUAGCGAUGAUCUCUCUGACCACCAUAUCCCAAACUUAGCAGAUUUUGUUGCUGCUGCCACCCGCUUCUCCGAUCUUUUAUCAACCAACAACUGUAGCUUUUUAACCAAGAACACACAAACUUACUGUUCACUACGAGCACUUAUAAUAUAAAAACCCUCCUCCACGCCUUAAUUUGGCGAACCCAGAAAAGAGUCACUGUACUGUGUUGUUGGGGGAUAAAAAAAAAAUUCCCUAGAAAUACAGCAGCAGAUCGGGAAAGGGGAAAGCUUCCUUAUUACCGGAUUGUGCAAGGAGCCGCCGCCAUCAGCAAGCGUCAGGUGAAAAUCUCUAAAAGCUCUCUUCUUUGUUUCUGUUCAAAGGGAUCCUGUGAAUCGGCGGUGAUUUUUUUUUUCUUCUUCCCGGCGGUGAUUUUUUUCUUUCUUUCUAUGUUGUGAUUCUUAAUAUUUACUCCAUCGGAAUCAUAUAUGAAACUUCUGUUCUAGUUUUAUUAUUAUCGUCCAGCUGAAUUGAAUUGUUCUAUCAAACCAAAAUCAAUAAAACAAAUAACCCUUAAAAUUCCUGUCGAACUUUUGCACAUUCUUCAUUAGUCACCGACGAUCUUCUGUGUUAUUAAUAAUAUGUUUUUGUGCAGUGCCUUGAUCAAGAUUUGAGCUAAAUGGGUCCUAUUUACGAAUAAACUUAACAACAUUGUAUCCAGUUUGUUAGUUUCUUUCAAUAUAUGUUGAAUUGCAUAGUGAUUUAUCAAAUUAUUGGUUAUUCGGUUGUGUAACUUAUCCCGACCUCUAUUAGAAAUUUUACCAAAACAACACAAAUAUGACGAACCGAAAUAUCUAGGGAGGAAACUUUUUGUAAUUUAAAUUUAUUUAUUUGCUUGUUUUAUCAUGAAAGAACUUAAUUUCUUAGUUGUUAAUAGGAAAAAUGAUAAUUUUAAAUCAGAGUGAUUAUAAUGAAAUCUAAUGCCUUAAUUAAAAAAGGGCGAAGAAAUUUUUAUUGUAAAAUUGCGGGUUGAAAGAAGGAAAAGAGUGAGAGAAGGGUUUGGAGCCCAGGCCCAAAUUUAGUCAUAAUCUUCAGGCCCACUAAUAAACAAACUGUUGUGGAUCACAGGGAGCUGGCAGGAAAGAAAGAUAGUGCGAGAAACGGGCUUCAGAUGGAUAGUUGGCCCACCAUAAUCUUUUUGCAAUUUCCUAUGUGUUGUUUUUCUGUUGGCUGGCUGCAUUUACCGGCGGUGAUCCUCGGCUCCACCACCAUUCCCCUUCCACAUCAAUCCCAUAGCUCUCCCGCCCAAUUCAGUCAGCGAACCUCAGAAAUCAGAAUACUAAUAAUUCUUCCAAUCUCUUAAUGCCGUUCAUCUUCCAGCUAAAAUCUGUCGCCUCCAACUUCAUAAGGCCGGCGAUGGUCCGCCACACCACUGCUAGUCUCGUGUCAACCAGAAGCCUCGAGCCAUAUGUAAGGAGAGAGUUGAGUUAUGAUGCGACGGCCAAAGUAUGCUGGCCGUCAACCGGUUGGCGAAUUUACCGCAAAUUGGCAGUUAUUAGGGCGAGAAGAUGAUGCUUGGAGUGAAAUGUUUCAAUGGUUGGGAUUAGCUAGGGUUUUCAGAGGCUCGGAACGUGUUUUUGUUGUUGUUCUUGUUGCAGUAGAGAAGGUUUGCUGAAUUGGAAUGUUAAUUUUUUGCGAUUAGCUGCCGCAGCAGCUUCUUGUUCAAUAGUGUACUAGGCACACACAGAAAAAUAGCCCGCCCAACUCUUUGUCUUUUCGAAGAAGGAAGGUCUAAGAUCUUCUGGUUAAUUUGAUGUUAGCUUAACUAGUUUUCUCACCUUGAACAAGUUGCUCGCUUUCUUGAUUCUUCAUUAUGCCAUUCCAGAGAAGUAGAAGGCGGAGAGACGUCUGCAUUGCUCGUCAUCUCUGGCCAGGUUUGUCUCUUAGAAUUCAUCAUAACCGUUCAAUAUUUCUGCAUUUUGGUCCUGCUAUUAGGUUGUUUCCUAAUUUCUUUGACCCUCUUGACGACUUAAUGUCAUUCACAUGAAAUUGGGUUUCUUGAAGGGUGAAGAAUGUUUAUAUGGUUUGCAUGUUAGUCUGUUCGUUUCCUUAACCUAGUCUUUGUAUCGAUUCGCAUUGUGAAGCUGAGAAGCAAUUCAACUUCCGUUCCAGCAAUUCGAAUGCGUUUAAUGUGUGGGGAAGGAUAGUUUUUUCAUCUCUUUCUUUUUGCGCGCUUGAUGCCAUGAGUAAUCAGAGUAAUUUAAUCCUCUAUUGUCAAACAUGAAGCUUCAUUCAAAUUCUGUGUCAGGUUUUUUGCUUCCUUCAAGUGCGUCAUGUAUGCCUAAUUGCCUGCCCUUUUAUUAAUCCGCUGUGGCUCUUUUGACAUAUGAGUAUGAUAAUUUGUUGCGAUCUAUCUUCUCAAAAUAAUUUGUAGGGUGUAUUGUAUUAUGCGCCAAAAUGUAGUUCUAGUGAUGGUAACUUUAGGUUCUGGACUCUGUAGACUUAUUUGCUUUUUUUCUGUGAAUUAAUUAUCCUGAUCAGCAGUAUUUCCUUGCUCUUGAUUUGUUGAAACUUGUCUUCUAAUUCUUCCUACAGAUGGCAGAUCAGCGUGCAGGUUACAGUGUGGAUGAAGCUCUCCUUGCCUUGGGGUUUGGAAAGUUCCAAACCCUUAUCUUUCUUUAUGCUGGCAUGGGCUGGCUCACAGAAGCAAUGGAGAUGAUGAUUCUCUCAUUUAUAGGCCCAGCUGUCAAAUCCGUAUGGAAUCUAUCUGCCAAUCAAGAGACCUUAAUAAGUGUGGUGGUAUUUGCUGGCAUGCUAAUUGGUGCAUAUUCAUGGGGUGCAGUUUCAGACAAAUUGGGAAGAAGGAAUGGAUUUUUGUUCACAGCAUUAGUUACUUCUGCAGCUGGUAUUUUUAGUGCCUUUGCGUGGAACUAUACUGUGCUGAUAAUUGCUCGUGGUUUGGUUGGCCUUGGACUGGGAGGUGGGCCUGUACUCUUUUCCUGGUUCUUGGAGUUUGUACCUGCAACAAAUAGAGGCCUGUGGAUGAUCAUUUUCUAUGUAUUCUGGACCAUUGGUACAAUUAUUGAAGUUGCUAUAGCAUGGUUUAUUAUGCCACGGUGGGGUUGGAGGUGGCUGGUUGGUGUUUCUGCUGUGCCUUCCUUUACUCUCCUUGUGUUGUACCCUCUGACACCAGAGUCUCCAAGGUACCUAUGCUUGAAAGGUAGAAAAGGUGAUGCCAUUAGAGUCAUGGAGAAAAUGGCGAAACUAAACAAGAAAGAACUGCCUCCCGGUGUGCUUCUAACUGAUCAUGAAGUAGAACGGCAAGGACAAGUUGUUACACCAGAGCUGGGUGAACCUGAUUCUUCGCCAUCUACUCCUAGGUGGGAAGAUGCUGACAUUGGUGCCAUGAAGACUCUAAUGAUGCUGCUUUCUAGAAAAUUGGUUCGCUCGACAGUACUCUUGUGGCUCAUAUUCUUUGCGAAUGCAUUCUCCUACUAUGGCCUUGUUCUGCUCACUACCCAAUUGAACCGUCCUGAUCGUUGCAACUCCCAUGCACCUCAGUCCGGAGACAGUUCAGACGACAGCGUUGACUAUAAAAAUGUUUUCAUUACUACUUUAGCAGAAUGUCCGGGGCUCGUCGUAGCAGCUGUUGUAAUAGAUAGAAUCGGACGCAAAAUUUCCAUGGCCAGUCUGUUCUUCAUUUGUAUUGCUUUCGUUCUGCCAUUGGUUGUCCAUCAAUCUCCACUUGUAACCACGAUUCUUCUCUUUGGAGCAAGAAUCUGCAUCACAGGAACUUUUGCAGUCGCUUUUGUGAUUGCUCCGGAGCUAUACCCAACUUCGGUGAGAUCAACUGGUUUCGGACUUGCAAGCGCCGUUGGAAGAAUUGGUGGGAUUGUAUGCCCUUAUGUGGCAGUAAAAUUGAUGGAAGCAUGCCAUCAACGUGAAGCACUACUGCUGUUUGCUGGUGUGGUUGCGAUAGGACUAGUUGCGACGGUGUUGAUUCCAUAUGAUACCAAGGGCUGCGAAUUGACAGAGAGCAUAGCGAGCACAAAACACGACAAACCCCACGAAGAUGCCUGAAACAGACUACAACCUCGGCUUCCUUUCUGCAGCAGUGAUGGAAUUUCAGGCAGGGCAUCAAUACAAGCUCGGCUUCCUUUCUGCAGCAGUGAUGGAAUUUCAGGCAGGGCAUCAAUGUUUCUUCCCCCCCCCUCGGUUUUGUGGAUAAUCAAGUGUCUAGUUUCUAGAAUCCAUUGUUGUUAUGUUUUUCCAGUUUGAACUAGUUAUUAGAUUGUUAGAUGCAAAGAACAUGCAGUUUGCUUCUUUGUGUUUAGAAUGGACUCAGUUUUUGUGCAGAAGCUCUUCUACUCCCAAACAGACUUUCAAAGUGAUGAACGCAUCCAGAGUUGAAACUUCAAAUUGAAAGAGAAUAGGCCCAAAGGUGGGUUCCAGUUAUGGCGGAUUCAAUCAUUUUUCCUUGUGAUGAAUAUGAUCCUUACUGGUGUUAUUAGAAAGUGGCAGACCCGUAGUCAUGGGCUGCACUUAGAAGAGAUGAUACGUGAACCAAUUUCCCAGCUGCUGCUUUUCUAUUCAUUAUCUGUUUGUCUGUCUGUCGAAGUUGAUAGGACAGCUCUUUUUACAGUUCUUUGUUGAGUGAAAGCACAAAUUGUGGAUGGCCAGUCAACAAUGGCGUUUGCUUCAAUUCUCCAGGAUCCAGGGCAAGAAAGUGCGAGUGAGUGAGUGGGUUGUUGUACGCAAAUUCCAAAAAGCUUCUUUUCAUGUGGGCAGAGAGGUCUUUGUCAAAGCAACAUGGUCUAAUGUGGUUGUUGGUUGCUCCUCCAUUAACCAUACAGCCAUAGAUUUCCUGCUACUAAAGUUCAUCGUGAGUCGAUUUACACAUUGAAGCUUGAAGAGAGAGUUGUGCAUGGUUGUGGUUGCUGGGUAGUGAACAAUCUAAUCAUGUACCAAAAAGGAAAAUGCUUGUCACCAAGAAAACUCACACUUGGUGAAAGAGCCUAGGAAAUAGCAUGCAUGAACCAAGCAAAGAUCAUGUGUUCUUUAUGUGGUUUUCCACCAUAGCUACAUGCUAUCUCAUGAAAAUGAUAUCAUAAAUUAGUUUUGGAAACUUUUUUUUUUACUUUUUCAUAAAUGGAAACUCAAUUUCACUUGGAAAAUCGGUGUGAGUUGCACAUGUCGAGUGAGCUAUUGCCUUUUUGAGUUACAUACAUAUUGAACAAUUUUUUGAAUCGAUUCAUUAUACAAUUUUAAAAUUUCUAUUCUAUGAAAUAUGCAGGUAAUAUGUACAAUGAGCAUGUGACUUCACUUAUGAAAAUAAAGCUGAUAUAUUUGUAUACCAAACAAUAUUAAGUGCUAGCUCGAAAUAUUGUUUACCAUGUAAGUCAAAGUCGUUUUCUUGCAUGACCUUAUUGUUUAUUUCUUUUUCUUUCUUUUUAUUAACUUCACCAUCACAGUCACAGCCCUAUCAUUUUUCUCUUUUAGUUUGUGUUUCAUCUUUUACGUGCCAAAUCUUAAUUGGUUGGAGAGAGACACAUCAUAAAAGCUCUAUAGAUCAAUGUGGAAAAAUCUAUUUUAUAUUUUUAUUGUACACCAUAAGUUAAGCCGAUAAUGUACUUACAAAUAUUCUAUUAAUUUAAGUUUCGUCACAGAAAAGACUAAAUAUAUUGGGGCUAUAUGAUUGCGACAUCUUACCUCAAUUAAGUUGGAAGAUUAACUAUUCAAUGCAUAAAAAUGUGUUUUGUUUGUCAUGGAAAAAAGGCUAAAUAUAUUGAGGCUGUAAGAUGGUGCUAUGAAGGUUAACUAUUCAAUGUAUACAACUUAAUACGUGAUUCAAUUGAGAAAAUUAACUCAUAUGAUAUCACAAACGUAUUAUAGAGAGCAUAAACUUAUAUGUGAAUAUCUCAUGAAUAAAAACUAUAUUGUGUUGUGAACACGACUUGCUUUGCUAAUUUGGUCGCCAGUAGGUACCAAGAGAAACCUUUUUGUUUUUGUUUGUUAUGAAUAGAAUAUGAAUUACGAC